AUGGACCCCGAAAAGAAAGUCGUCCUCGAACAGGAUGAGUUUGUCAAUGAGCCUGCCCAGCCGACAUCAGAAGCGGCCAAGAAGCUCGCCGCCAUUGCCGAGACGGCAGAGGCCGAAAUCAAGAACCCUCUUGUCGGCAUCCCCCGCGAGGACCUCUUUGCGCGCGUGACGGCGUUUCAGCAAGAAAAGGGCCUGCCAGAGGACAUUUUGCCGCUUCUCAAAAAGGGCGCCCUCGUCGCGCAGAGCCCCGCCGGCUUCGAGGAGCUCAGCGACUUGGAUGAGGGUGACAAGGAGGCCUUGCGCAGGGAAGUCACCCACCGAUGGAGUCAUCCCUGGCCACUUUACUUUACCAUUGGACUCAAUUCCAUUGCAGCAGCUAUUCAGGGCUGGGACCAGACCGGCUCCAACGGCGCCAAUCUUGGCUUCCCCGAAGCUCUUGGUAUCCCCGACUUCAAACCGGCGUGUGGACCUGAUGAAACCCUGGGUCUCUGUGCCAAAAACGCCUGGAUCGUUGGUUUUGUUAAUGCUAUGCCUUACAUUACUAUUUGUCUCUUUGCUGGUUGGAUAUCUGACCCUCUCAAUGAACUUAUGGGCCGUCGGGGCGUCAUCUUUGUGGCGGCCAUCUUCUCUCUGCUCGCACCCUUUGGCAUGGCUCUCUCGCAGACAUGGGGCCAGCUUGCUGCCUCCAGAAUGCUGCUUGGCAUUGGUAUGGGUCUAAAGGAAGUUACUGUCCCCGUCUAUUCGGCCGAGAAUGCUCCCACAGUCAUCCGCGGUGGUCUAGUCAUGUCAUGGCAACUCUGGACCGCGUUCGGCAUUUUCCUCGGUACUUGUGCGAAUCUGGUCGUUGGCAAGGUCGCAACCAUCGCAUGGCGUCUCCAGCUUGGCUCGGCCUUCAUUCCCGCCGUCCCGCUUGUGAUAGGUAUCUAUUUUUGUCCCGAGUCUCCUCGAUGGUACCUCAAGAAGAACCGUCACAUCAAGGCUUGGAAGUCGCUGCUUCGUCUGCGAAACACGCCCCUGCAGGCUGCCCGUGACUUGUUCUACAUUCAAUGCCUUCUUGAACACGAAGACAAGAUGAUUCAAGAAGCCGGUCUGAACGUGAAUGGUAGUGUCUUCACUCGCUUCAUUGAACUUUUCACAAUCCCUCGAAACCGUCGUGCCACCCAGGCUUCUGGUAUUGUCAUGAUUGCCCAGCAGCUGUGCGGCAUCAACAUUAUCGCUUUCUACAGCAGCACUAUAUUUGUCCAGAGCGGCAUUUCUGCUUAUAGUGCUCUUUGGGCCAGUUUUGGCUUUGGUCUGAUUAAUUUCCUCUUUGCCUGGCCUGCUGUGUGGACCAUUGAUACUUUUGGUCGUCGUGCUCUGUUGAUUUUCACCUUUCCCAACAUGUUCUGGACUUUGCUCGUGGCUGGAUUUUGCUUUCUCAUUGACCAUGGCACGGAGCAUAGCACAGCCCGCAUUGGUGCCGUUGCCACCUUUGUGUACCUCUUUUGUGCAUUCUACUCGCCUGGAGCUGGUCCUAUCCCCUUCAGCUACUCGGCAGAGUGCUUCCAAUUAUCACAUCGUGAAGUUGGCAUGUCAUGGGCCGUGGCAACCAACAACUUUUGGGGUGCCAUUCUGAGCUUGACAUUCCCGCGCAUGCUUCGCGCCAUGACACCGACUGGCGCGUUUGGAUUCUACGCCGCCAUGAAUGUCGUCGCAUUAACUCUCAUUUUUUGCUUUGUUCCCGAGACGAAGCAAAAGAGUCUGGAGGAACUAGACUACGUCUUUGGCGUCUCUACCCGAACGCACGCCAAGUACCAACUCGGCACCGUGCUGCCAUGGGGACUCAGGCAUUACAUCUUCCAGAAGAAGGACAGAGUCUGCCCUUCUCUGUACAAGGAUGACAACAAGGCUGCCAGACCUAAUGAGGGCAAGGCUGCAAUCGCUGCGGCCAUUACCCACGACGAUCCCUUCGCUGUUUACGGCGCCGCCCACGAGGACGAGACACCUCUCGACACCCACAUCCGCGACGACAACACGGCCACGGCCAGGACUGAGUCGGGUCGGCGAGACGGCAAGCUUCAAAGCGGCUACAUGGCGGACCAUCACGGAAGGAGACCGCCCGAGGUGAAGACGCUGUCAAGGAAAACAAAGGGCAAGCAAGUCGCCAGAGAUAAGGAGGCCACCGACGGUAACCAGGCGACCAAUCUCGUCUACGACAGCCUAACCGGUCUUCCACUCGACCUAGUCAUCGUCAAGUCUGCUCGAUCGUACAGUUUGGACCUGGCCGCAGGUCUCACCACUACCCUCCUCCAGAAACUCGCCGGCAUACCCGGGGUCGGGGGGAGUUCCAGUACACGACACUCUUUCGUAAUCAUGGCCUUGAACGAAACUGAGAUCCCGCCGACACUCGAGUUAAGUUUGGACACGACCGCAGUAGCCGAAGUUCCCAACGCAGAGGAGACUGCAGCAGCCACGACCUACCACGACAAAGACGAAGAAGAGUUCAAGAGCGCACUCACAAGCUACAUUGCAGACCACGCAUCCCCCACGGUGCUCCCUACGAGAACCCUAUUAGGCUGCCAGACGCAGCCCACUCGACGAUCAACUUGGACGGCCGGUGAUCAAUUUUCCACAAAUUUGACGAUAUAG